AUGGCGUUUAUAAACGCGAAGAAGCGCAAGCUUGCCGAAGAUACUCACAGUGCUAAGAUUUUCAAUAAAUCGCACAAACGACACCAUUCCCAUCACGCACCGUUAUUAUCUACCGACUAUCAAGCCACUAUGCAGCUCAGAAACCACGAGACCGGCAAGGUGGCUAAUACCGCCAACCUCACCAACAACAAUAAUCGCAAGCAGAAUAUGGGCAGCGAUAUUCCAGAAGUCUCUGCUAACGAAAUUUCUGGCAAGAAUCUCAGAAACCGCAAGGUCACUGUGAAUUCCGAACCUACCAAACCCAAAUCUAACACACAUCGCGAGCAACCAGUUAUUGCCGAGACUCUUGAUUUUCCUGCUGAUGAAGCUACAUCAUUGAGCCUUGAGAAGGCCAAGGCCAAGCUUCGCAACACUUUAGAAGCUCACCGCGCCAAGUCCAAAAUCCACGGCAAUACUACGGAUUCAUCCGCUGAUGAAGCUCCUGCCCUCGCUCUGAAAACCUUCAAAGUCAAGCCCAUCAACACUUCCAAAGCAGAUUCCGUCAAGGAGGCCGCCAAGCAUCGACAACUUACCAGUAAAAUCUCAGAUUCCUCCGCCGACGAAGCUCUCGCCGCGAACAUCAAGAUGGCCAAGGCCAAGCCUACCAACACAUCCAAGGCCCCACCUACUAAGACUGUCAGCAAGCAACAAAAAGCCUCCGGGAAGGCCUCAAGUCAUUCCGCAGACCAAGCUCCCGCUGUGGAACCUACGAAGGCAGGAUCAAGCAAAAUGAUCGCACAGAAGGAGAAGGUCUCCAGUUCUGAACCUUCUUCGCUCGACGACGUUGAUAUCUCUAUCGCAGACCCUACCGACGCAGGCGCAGAUGCUGCCUCAACCUCAACCUCGGAGGAAGUCUCAGGUGGAGAAGACGGAUCAGAAGAAGGGGACGAAGAGAACAAGGAGUACUCAGAAGAAGAACAUUAUGAAGACGAAGCCGGUUCCUCGAGCCCCGCGAUAGACGAGUUUGCCUCGGACGUAGAAAAUUACCCACGCUCAGACGACGAAUUAUCUCCCUCCGAAUCCGAAGGCGAAGUACUUCGAGCAGCCCGAUUCGAAGCCGAGGCCGAAUCGAUCACCAGCUCUGAGAAAUCAAUGGCUUCCGACGCCGGAUUCGGCUCAUUCGGCUCGGACGGCGAGUCCCAUCCAGACAACAAAAAGAAGGAGACCUUCAAAGCCGACGACGCCAGCGCCUUCGCAUCUUCCAUGUCCGCAAUCCUAGGUAACAAACUCACCACAACACAACGUGCAAACCCUAUCCUCGCGCGUAGUGCGGAUGCCAAAGAAGCGGACGAGGCGCUCCUUGAUCUGAAACUGGGGAGGAAAGCUAAGACCGAGAUUAGGAGGAAGCAUCAAGAGAAGCUGUUAAAGGAGAUCCAUGGUGAAGGGGCAGGGGACAUGGUUGGAUCCAUUGCUGAUAUCGAAGAUCCCGAGGAUUAUGGGACCGUCUUUGCGUAUCAGCAGCGCGAGAAGGGGUUGAGGAAGACGGCGGAGAAGGGAGUGGUCAAGAUGUUCAAUGCGUUCACCCACGUCCGUGGAAAGACCGUGGAGGCGAAGGGGAUGGUUGGGAGUAGGGCUCAAAAGGAGGGAAAAGCUACCGAGAUGACUAAGGAGGGUUGGUUGGACUAUGUUGGUCAGGGUGGGGAAGGCACGACUGAGGAGGAGGGGUUGGGCAAGGUUGCAGGGGAGAAUAGCCUUUCCGAGCUUGGGGAGGAGGACAAGAUCGAGAAGCAGAGUGAGCUUGGAAAGAAGGGCGAGUCUGGGCCGAAAGGGAAGCUUGGCAAGAAGCGAGCUUGGGAAGAAGAGUGA